AAAAAAAAAAAAAAAAUACCAUUCCAUUCACCUCAUAUAAAUUUUUCGCAACAUCAGCUAAAUAAAUACCAACCCGCAAUUAAUUGGAAUUUGUGUAAACAACAACAAGAUUAUUAACAACAUAAACAAACGCUACUAAGGCCAAUACAACAAACAUUAGUAACAUUUUACCAGAUGCAGCAGUCAUAAAUUCCAGUUCAAGAAAAAACAAUUUUGGAAACAAGAUUUCUUGCCACAAGGACAUUGCAACAAUAGUCAAUGCAAUAUAGGAAAAGCAGCAGAAAAUCGUCUUAUAAAAUAUGAAGACCACUUAAGUUCUGAUUAAAAAUCACAAUUGCCAAGAAGAAAAGGAACUUAAAUAAAAGAAUAUUGAAAACAAUAUUUGUUAGCAAAUAACGUGUUCUCCCUGUUACUGGCAUAAGAAGAACAACAAGACCUAUACAACUCAUAAUAAGUCCUAUUAUUAGUUAUUGAUAUUUUACACAUCGUUUACUAUAUUUUCAAAUAUUGACAUUUUCUUUGGUAUUGUAUUUGAUGGCCUAUAUUCCAAGUUGUUUUUAUCAGCAACGCCUUUGAAAUUAAACAAUAUGCUGGGUGUAUUGAAUUGCAAGGAAUUUAAUAAAAUAUUGAUGUCAACAUCAACAUUAAAUGUAAAACUUAUCAAAAGAAAUGAAAAAUGUUGUUCACAUUGAAAAAGUCAUUUAUAACUACAACACCAGUAUCAUUAACAGCAACAGCGUUAGUAAGGGGAGGAACAGCAGCAUCAAUUUCAAAACCAACGACAGUAUUGUAUUUAACGCAGACGUCAUCAAUCAAUGUGUCAGUAUCAUUGUCGUUAUUAAAUAGAGAUAAACAGCAGCAGCAGCAGCAGCUUGAAUUCCCUUUAACAACCGCAAGUGGGGGACAGCAGCCAACAAUCAAGCCACAACAGCAACAAAAGCCACUACAUUUGCCACAAACUGGACAAAUGUUAAAGCAGAUUUUUCUACUCGCAUUAUAGUAUUAAAUAAAAAGCAACUGCAUAAAAUAAACAUGGAUGAAGCAGAGUGCCAAGAGACCAUUAAAACUAAAGAGCAACAACAUGAGCCGGGGAAAGCAGAGGAGUCAGAGGAGCAGCUAGCCCCGCUAGAAGCAGCUGACUCCAAACUUAACAGUCCGCAGGAGAGCUUUGAUAAACCUUUAACUAUGUCGGUCGACAAAGCUGUAUCUACUUAUGGCAUACCCGACUUGCAGGACUAUCAAAGAGCGGUUACCUAUGAGCUGGUGUUCAAUAGUUUGCUCGAGAAGAAAAUGCUGGCCAUGAAACGUGACUGUGAGGAGCGCAAGAGAGCCAAGCGCUUAAAGCGUAAAUCCAUAGGACGUAUAUUUUUUGCCAAAAGACUGUUUAGUAGUAUGGACUCGCGUAAAACGUCCAGUUUAAGUGAAAUGGCAAUAGAGGAAGUACAUGCCAAAACUGAACCCUCAACGCCGCAGAAAACAAUGAAAACUAUGACUAAAACUGCCAUCAAAGAACAACAACUACAGCAACAACCACAACAACGUAAAACCACAGACAUAGAACUAGAAACAGCAUCAGCAAAAAAGGUUCGUUCAAGAACUAGGUCCAAAUCGAAAACAAACACUGCCAGCUUAGAAUACCCACAAGCAACUAAUGUACAGCAACAACACCAGCAGCAGCAGGGCGAUGACAGUUUAACUAGUACUUUAAGCAAUUCCUCGGAUAAGGUAGUGGUCAAGCAAAAUCUUUUGGUCAAGGCACAGACACACAUGCCGCAAGAGACUCUAAUAGUAUCAAGUUCCUCGGGCGAUUCAAAGAAUGCCCAAACUACUCAAUCCAAUGGUAAUCAAACAUUUUCUAUAGUAGCUCCAUUAUCACUGGAGCGCACACAAGACUCGGCCUCCUUGGCUAGUGGCUAUGAAAAUGGUACUGGAGCUCGUCUUCACUCCUCAACCAUGGCCGAUGAUAGUCUCACUUCCAUAAGAGACAGCAUUGAAAGUCUUUCCUUUGCCAGUUCCCGUUGUACGGUGAGUUUUGGUGCCACCGAGAUCAUACCCGAAGAUGUUGAUGUUAAUAUGUAUGAACGCAUAAAGGCCGCCAAACGUCAGCGUGUUCUAGAUGCCAAGUCCAUAAGUGCUCAAUGCAGUCCUAUACUACAGCCACGUCAUAUUAUCAAAACUCUGGUUCAUGCUCCCAUGUCACCCAAUCAGCAAAAACUAGCAGCACAACCUCCCAUAAAUAUAAUAGAGCCUAUAGCUACCACUGCCAGCAGCUUGCCUAUGGAAACAGGCACCGUCUCCAAUGCCACACGUACACGCUUUCUGCCCAAUCAAUAUUCCUACACCGAUAGUAUUUUCGAGUCGCGUAACAUAUCGCGUCAGAAUACCUCCGAGGAUAGUGCUAAUCUUACCGUGAGUACAUUACUCAAUCAAAGUGAUUCGCUGUCACUGCAUGCUCCUUUGCCGGGCCGACCGGUCUCCAUUAAUGACCGUUUCAAGUCCAAAAGUACUAGUUUAUUAGUAGCCUUAGGUAAUGGUCGUACCCGACCACCACCAUUACCGCCACCACCCUUUGAAACUGCACAACAUUCUCCCGUAGCCGUAUACUCUCCCACAACGACUCUAGCACCACAAGUACUUCCAAUCGAACAACUGCAACAGCUGCACUUAACAAGCAAUAUUAGACAUAGUAAAGCGAAAUCAACCAUAGCCACAGCGCUCACCUCGUCUACAUCCACAUCGACGGCUCCGCAAACAUCAUCGUCCACUCAUACCGCCGCUUCAUCCAAGGCCUCGGCCCGAACGACAGCACCACAAUCGUUGCACAUUGUUACCGUCACAACAGCGACAACAUUGCCUCAUCAGUAUCCAGUUAUCGAUUCACUGGACACUCAAACUCACAUGGAUGCCUCGUUGCCAAUGGCGCCACUCUAUACAGCCAGCUCAACAUCGACAAUACGUAAUGGUGCUGUAGUAAAUGGUGCCAUUGUUGCCAGUUCCUCGGUGGCUGCCAGUGAUACAGCGAAACUACAUCGUAUGACCUCAACAUCGACCGGUUCGAGUGUUGGACCAACCACCGGCUGUUGUAGUACAACGAAGACUGGGUCACAUAUUAAGGAGAAGCAAAGAUUUAAACCACAAGUGGCUAUGGGUCAGAGUGGCAGUGAUGAUGAGUAUCGUAAAAAGAAACGGAAAUAUAAACGCUAUCAUCGCUGCUCAGAUCCGGUAUUAGUAUAUCCAACGCCCAGUGGAUUACAACACUGUAUCUUGACAAUGCCACCCAAUGAUCCCAUACAAUAUCCAUAUACAGAGGAUUAUGCAUAUGAUGUACAACUACAAAUUGAAUCGGAUAAAAAUGAUGACCUCGAAAAAAUUGUUCCAAGUGAUAGUACAAAACGUAAACAUCAUAAACAUCGCCAUCAUCGUCACAAAAAACGUCAUCGCCAUAAAAAACCCAAAAUACUUGUACAGGACUUAGAAACACAAGAAGUAAAGGUAAUCGAUCCAGAUGAUUUGCCAGAACGUGCUCGUUGGACCAUUAUUGCAACAGCAUGUUUACUGUUGCUGAUGUGCCUCAUGUUGGUCGGCAUUACAUUACGCAUGGCGCCAAUUAUCGACGAUAUGGUUCGCCAGGAAAAUGAACGUUUAAUGAAGGAGACCAUGGAUAGAGCACGUUUUGGUAAAAAUUUCACAGAGACUGCAUCAUCACUACUGGCAGCCACUACCUCAACAUUAGCGGCGGCAGCAGUCGCAGCUGGUGGGGCUCAUCAACAGCAGCAACAACAACAACAACAAUUACAACCACAACAGCAACAUUACAACCAACAGCAAAUUUUGCUACCACAGCCACAACAAUAUCCUUUGCCUCAUUUGCAACAAAUUCCAUAACAAAUGAUAAUUUAUAAAUAACCACAAAUUGCUACAACUACAAUACUACAGCUGAAGCAACAUCAUCAGCAUAAGCAGCAACAGGACGAACAGAACGAGCAACAGCCACAAUAUUCAUCAAACAAAAUCUAAACGUCAGACAAAAGCCCGAAAUUAGAGAUUUAAUAAAAUUAAUUUUAUAAAAUAAACAAGCUACUAAAAACACACACACAGACACACCAAAUGUUAAAAAAAGUAGCAGCUAUCAGGAGGAAUUUACAAAUUUAGAAAUUCCAAUAUUGCAGCUGUUUGUUGGGUGAGACUAAAACAAAAUGACGGCCUUGAUAUGUAUGUGUAUGUAUGUAGCCAUAUAGUAUAUAUUUAUUUAUACCUUUAGUAUAUUUUUGUUUUUUUUAUGACAAUGAGCCCUAAAGCUGCCAUUAACAUGAAUAUGAACAACAGUAACAAAACCAACACAAAAGCGUAAAGGACUUUACUAAAAAAAAUUGUAAAUCAAAAGCCCAAAAAAAACGGAAGGAAAACAAGCUAAAAUCUACUUUUAAUAAAAAGAAAAAAACACAAAACAGAAACAAAAACAAAAACCUCAAACAAGUGUAAUCCAAAGCAAAAUGAAUAAUAAAGAACACUAAAGCUAAGCUUAGUGUACCUCCCUAUUCUGUUAAAGCUUUCCUCAUAUGUAAAUUUUAGUAUUAAUUUCAAACGACAAAUGCCACGCCUACUUUUGUCGCUUCGCCUAUUAUUUUUAAAAACAUAAAUCUUAUAUUAGAGUUAAUAACACACAAUUUGAGACUGUAUGUUUCAUAUAGCUUAAAUUGCCACUCCCAUUAUUAAUGUCACGCCCACUUUUAUCUAAAUAUUUCUAUAUACACAAAAGUAUAAAAAAUUUCCUAUCCCUUGAAGUAUAAUUAUACAGCUUCUAUAUCCAUUUUUUGCAUUUAAAAUUAAUAGAUAAAUAUUUAACAUCUCAUGAUAAAAUUUUGCCCCCCUUUGGGUAUGCAAACAAUAUGUGACGUAUACGUAAUAUUAAUUUUUGCUGUUACAUUGAGAUAUAAAAUAUUUCUCGUUUCAUUAUACUUGUGAAAAGGAUAAGGAAAAUGUGUAUACAUUUAGAUUAACAUAUCAAUGGAUAGGAUAUUUUGUAAACCUUUAGACUAUAUUAUAAAUCAGUAGAUAGAUUAGUCCAUAGGCUAGUUAAUAGACUAUUAAAUAGUUGAAAGACUAAUCCAUAGAAUAUUCGAUAAUCUAGUCCAUAGACUUGUUGAUAGAAGUGUAGUGUAUGGAUAAGUCUCGCAACUAGAUAAGAAACUAGCCCAUUAACUCUUUGAUAGACUAUUCCAAUAACUAUUUAAUGGUCUAGUCCAUAAACUAUAUGCUACAUUAUUCCAGAGAAUAUAUGAUAGACUAGUCCAGAGACUAUAUGACAGAGAAGUCAAGACACUAGUUGAUCUAGUCAAUACACCAGUACAUAGACUAAUUGAGAGACUAGUCUAUAGGCUAUUUGUUAGAUUAGUCUAGGCUAAUCCCUAGAGUAUAUAACAGACUAAUCCAUAACUAGUUGGUGGACAAGUCUAUAGACUAGUCCAGAUACUAUUUACAGGUGUAGUUCAUAGACUAGUUGGUGAACUUGUCAGAUGAUAGACUAGUUGAUAUACCAGUUCAUAGAUUAGUUGAGAGGCUAGUCCAUAGACUAGUUCAUAGACUAGUUCAUAGACCAGUUGAUAGCGUAGUUCAGAGAAUAGUUGAUAGACAAGUAAAUAUAGAAUUUGAUAGAUAAGUAUAUAGACUAUUUGAUAGACUAGUUCAUAGACUAUUUAAUAGACUAAUUCAUAAACUAGUAAGUGGACUUUUCUAUAAAAUACGUCAGUUAAUACACUAGUCCAUAGUCUAGUUGAUAGACUAAAUGAUAGACUAAUCCAUAGACUAGCUGACAGACUAAUCCAUGGAAUAGUUGAUAGACAAGA